AUGACGCAAAUGAAAGCUGUUCGCAUUGUCAAGGCCGGCAGCAAAGUUACCGCCGAGCUUCGUGACGAAUCUCUGCCGACUCCAGGGCCCCGCGAUGUCCUGAUCAAGGUCUACGCUGCUUCACUGAACUACCGCGACACGGCCCUUUUGAGGGGCGAAUAUCCUGCGCCGACCAAGGAAAACGGUAUUCCUGUAUCUGAUGGUGCUGGAGAGGUUAUUGCAAUCGGAAAAGAUGUUGCACGGAUCACAAAGGGCGACCGCGUCGCAGUUGGUUGCACUGCAAACUGGAUUGCCGGCCCAUAUACUCCGGAAUAUCGUUCAAGCAGCGUCGGUUUCACUGUCGACGGGCUGUUGGCUGAAUACGUGAUCUUCAAUGAAGACGCACUCGUCCGCAUCCCUGAAUAUAUGUCUUGCGUCGAGGCUGCCUCCCUUCCUUGCGCGGCUGUUACCGCCUGGACAGCCCUCAACAAAGUUGAGCCCCUUCAACCGGGCCAGACUGUGCUGAUCCAAGGCACUGGAGGCGUUUCCCUCUUCGCGUUGCAAUUUGCGAAGAUUUUCGGCGCUCGUGUCCUAGCAAUCACAUCCUCUUAUGAGAAGGCCGUUAAGCUUAAAGAGCUUGGAGCCGAUGCCGUUGUGAACUACAGUACCACCCAUGAUUGGGAUCGGGAGAUCCUUGCUCUGACGGGUGGCAAAGGUGUUGACAAGGUGUUGGAUAUUGCUGGAGAGAAGACUAUCGUGAAGUCCGCAGCAUCGACCAAGAUCACUGGUACCGUUAUCCUGAUUGGAUUCGCAAGCGGUUUCGGUGGCGGCCUUCCGCCAAUUGACAUCCUCGCCCGUUCCCUCACAGUAACUGGAUCUACUGUUGGUUCUCGGAUCGAGUUCGAAGCUAUGCUUCAGGCCAUGGAGCGGCACCAAGUCAAACCUAUUAUCGACAAGGUCUAUCCUUUCGCAGAAUUCCACAAGGCGUAUAAAAGACUCGAGAGUGGACAACAAGUCGGCAAAGUCGUUAUUGAAAUCGCCAAAUCAGCGACUUACAGGGAAUGA